AUGGACACCCCAGGGUAUGAUGCAACGCGAGGCUGGGGGAUUCAUUUCACAGUAGUUAGAACUGGAAAGGAUGUGUUAUCAAAGCCCAUCACCUCUCACUCCUUUGGCAGAGUUUCUUCAAAAUCUAUGCUGACAAUGCUACAUUACGCCUUAGUAAACAUGGCAUAUCAUACCAGCAGAUGGCUUCCAAGGGAUCAAAGGUUAAAAUUGUAAGUUUUUGAGAUGUAAAGGUCUAGUCACAGAGCCAUAUAGAUUGGGUCUGGGUCUAAUUUCUACUGCAUGUCUAUGAUAAUGAAAACUAGUUAUUUGAAUGCAUUCUACUUUUAUUGAUUACUUUUCGUGUUGUCAAAAAUGAUUUGAUGUUUUACUAUUAAAUGCACCAUCUGAAGCUGUCAAGACUUCACUCUAUAUAUAUUUGAUCUAAUUUUGUCUUCUUUUUUUUGUCUGUAUACUGCAAUUCAGCUUUUAGCUGAUAAUGUGUACAAAACAGCCUAACUGAUAACAAACCCUUGAUUUAUGUUUUCUAUUGGUGCCUUAUUCUAAAAGAGCAUGAAUCUAACUCCAGUGUUAUAAACGUUUUAUUUUCAGUCAAAUAAUUAAUGCAAUCUUUGUGGCACUAGUUCUCAUCCCUCAAUUGUAUGUGCUAACCAGGUAAGUAAAUGCAAACUAUACAAUAUGUCAAUAUUUUGCUACUAAAAUCUUUACAUUUGAAUUCAUUUUGACUGCAUGUUACAUGUGUAGUACUAUGUUAGGUUUCUGAUUGAGAGUUUAAAUCCUUCAGGCCCAAAUCCUCUAGAUACUGCCAGCAGCCUCUUCUGAACAAUCUCACUGCCUUCAUUGUCUUGUCCUUCAUGGCUACAGGUAGGCUAUAGAACAUCUAGUCAUAGUAUAGAGGGAGUACAUCCUGUUUUGUAAACAUAUCUUGGCAACUAUUUCUAAUAGUUUUAAUGGGGUGUGCUCCUCACGAUUGUUUGACUUUUGUCAAAAACAAUGUUUGAUCAUGUUAUUUUAGCCAAGAUCAUAAGAAGUUGAUUUGAUUAUGAUGAAAGAGAGAUGGCAGUAGAGAUCAGCUUUAUUCAUUCCCAUCUUCCUCAUAAUUUAAUCAGAUUGGGAUAUUGCAUUCAUUGCAACAAUCUAAAUGUAUUUAUGAAGUAUGUAUACACAUUUUAGUUAUUGGAAACCACUGAUCACACAUCUACAAAUGGUAAGAGACACAGGUAAUUGGCCUGUUUGACGGAUGAAAUUCUGCCUCCUGACUAGGUUUUGCAGUAACAUUCACACUGAUAGACCCAGUGCCCCAGUGCUUCAGGGCAGCCUACCAUGGUUUUGGACUUGUAUCUUUUGGCCAGGGACUGUGCACCAUCGCCUUGACUCUGACUGCACAACAGUGUGUAAGUAGCAUUUGAGAUGAUCACAAUUGUUCAAUAGCCUUACACAGGGAUGUGACAUCUUUGACUACUAAUACAAUUAUUGGCAUUAUGGUAUGGUCAAGAGGUUUUAAUGCUCCAAAGGAAAUUAUGCAUAAAGCAUUUGAAUAUUUCUGCAUUCGCAGGCGAAAACAACUCCUGAGCUGUAUUAUUUGUCCCUUAUUCUAUCAUUGGCUUGUAUCCUGAGUACAGGUAGGCCUUCAGCACAACAUCUUUUCCAAUCUCUCUGAUCCAGACAUCAUCUUCCCUUCAGUAGUAAUAAUGCACAUAUUACAGAACUGAUGCCAUUGCUUAUGUUUCUUCCCAGCCUUCUUCUUGGUGAAGGGAGGACUCUGGGUAACAACCAAUAGGUUACCCAGGCCUUGCCAGAGAGGGAACAAUGGCUAA